CCCCGCCCGGCCCCGGGUGGCCGCCGACGCCCGCGCCGGAAGCUGCUGUUCCCGCUGGUGGGGCCCGGCUCAGAUCAGCUAACAUGGGUGAGCCCCAGGGGCCCAUGCGGACCCUGGUGACAGGGGGCUCUGGGCUGGUGGGCAGAGCCAUCCAGAAGGUGGUGGCAGAUGGGGCCCAGCUCCCUGGAGAGGAGUGGGUGUUUGUCUCCUCCAAGGAUGCAGAUCUCACGGAUGCAGCACAGACCCAAGCCCUGUUCCAGAAGGUCCAACCCACCCAUGUCAUCCAUCUUGCUGCAAUGGUGGGGGGCCUGUUCCGGAAUAUCAAAUACAAUUUGGACUUCUGGCGGAAGAAUGUGCACAUCAACGACAAUGUCCUGCAUUCAGCCUUCGAAGUGGGUGUGCGUAAGGUGGUCUCCUGCCUGUCUACCUGUAUCUUUCCCGACCAGACCUCCUACCCUAUUGAUGAGACUAUGAUCCACAACGGGCCUCCCCACAGCAGCAAUUUCGGGUACUCCUAUGCCAAGAGGAUGAUUGACGUGCAGAACAGGGCCUACUUCCAGCAGCACGGCCGCACCUUCACCGCCGUCAUCCCCACCAACGUCUUUGGGCCCCACGACAACUUCAACAUCGAGGACGGCCACGUGCUGCCCGGCCUCAUUCACAAGGUGCACCUGGCUAAGAACAGCGGCUCGGCGCUGACCGUGUGGGGCUCGGGGCAGCCACGGAGGCAGUUCAUCUACUCGCUGGACCUGGCCAAGCUCUUCCUCUGGGUCCUGCGGGAGUACAAUGAAGUGGAGCCCAUCAUCCUCUCAGUGGGUGAGGAGGACGAGGUGUCCAUCAAGGAGGCGGCGGAGGCCGUGGUGGAGGCCAUGGACUUUCACGGGGAAGUCACCUUUGACACCACCAAGUCAGACGGGCAGUUCAAGAAGACAGCCAGCAACGCCAAGCUUCGCGCCUACCUGCCCGACUUCCGCUUCACGCCCUUCAAGCAGGUGCCCCACGUCUGCCUCCCCAGCCGUGGCGGAGACCUGUGCGUGGUUCACUGAAAACUACGAGCAGGCGCGGAAGUGAAGCCCCUGGCCGGGGCGGGCAGCCACCGUCCACAGACCUCGCCAGGAAGCGAGGGCACCGCCCAGCGGCCGGCCACAGCUCAGCCCCUCUUCUGGGGUCUCCACGUGUGUCUGUCCUCAGGGAAAAUAAGGCCUAGGCUGGCCCCACUGUCCCACCUCACUGCGCGCGCC